AUGGAGACCGAUGUCGAGGCUGAGCCCUUUCUGCCGGCAGAGCGGCUUGAGCAGUACCGGAGCUCUCUGCUGGAGCGCUGUGAUGACUUUGUGGAGGACCUGGCAAACUGGGCUGUGAGAUGCAAAGCCUCGAUUCUCUCAAGUCCCCUGGUCCGCGUCCUGUUGGUCUUGGUGGCACGUGUGAGCUUUGUGGCAGAUCUGGCGUUGGACAUAAACGUUGGCCUUGAGUUGCGAGCUUCCAACAACUUCUGGUGGAGUGGCAUCUGCUUCAGCAUCAUUGCUUUCACGUAUCUCGUCCUUGUCAUUGCGCUGCGUGAGAUAGCGGUGGAACGGUUGCAAAGCUGCUGCCUGACGGCGAGGCCGACCGCAGCAAUGAUGCUCUGGUUUUUGCUCGGUGUGCCGCUGCUGAUUGCUACGGACAUCUUUGUCACCCUGCGGUACUUGUGGCAAGAUCCGCUGGAUGUAGAGGUCUUCCACUUCUUGAAGCUUCGAGGGCUGCUUGAGGCUGUUGAGGCCAUGUUGCAGACGCUCUUGCAGAGCUACGUUGCAUUCCGACUGUACAACCCCGGCGGCUUCUUUGCAGAAGUAGAGGCGAACCAGGUUAAGCCCGCCGCGCUGUGCCUCUCCAUCAUGUUCUCGAUCAAGAACUUGGGCGAGCAGUUUCUCUUCUUGGACAAGUUCUCGAAGUUACAAACACACGGGGAUAGGUGGUUGUUCCUGAAGACGAUGUGUGCCCUGGGCGAUGGCCUUGCACCCUCGAGCCUCUUUGACCAGGUUGCGAGGAGCCGGCAUGUGAACUGCGAGUUCGACCUGGGUUUGGUGGCCCGCUCCGAGCUCUGGGUCUUGGCCCGGGCAGUCCGUGACAGCCCCGUCUUGGAAGAGCUGCGCUUCGCAAAGGCCAGCUUCCUCCGAGUGCUGGUGCGGAGCCCCGCGGAGACCAGCGUCCUGGCAGGGUGGGUGGAGGAGUUGACGCACAGCCGCCGCCUUCAGAGGCUCUGCGUCGAUGGGACGGUGAUUGGAAUUGGCCCCGUUGACGAGGAGAUCUGGGAGGCAGUCUUCCAGGUUUUUCAGGACUCCGCAAAGAGGAUGCCUUUGCACUCCUUGCAGAGGAUUCAGGUGGCCGGCCGGGAGCCGGUUCUGCUUUUGGAAGCCUCGGAGCCCUGGCGGAAGGCUCUGUUUCAAGGCUCCUGGCAGGAGUUGCGUCUGAAGCUCCAAGAGCAGAAAGUGGUUGCUCGGGAGGUUGGAGAGGAUCUUCACGUUGCCGCAGGCCUUCAGCGCCUGACGAAGCAUCUAGGACUCUUAUUGAGCUUGGGUGCCUCAGCGAACGGGGACGGGAAGAAGCUGCCUUUGGUUGGCGCUGCUCUGCGUAAUGCAUCGGGGAAUGCCCAGCUGCUUCUGGAGCACCGCGCCGACGUUGAUGGAACUUCCGGUAAGGGGCUCACCGCCUUGUACGGGGCCGCUCAGGCGAAUGCAGCGCAGACCUUGCUACUUCUUCUGAAGCACAGGGCGGAGGUAAAUCUGGCAAUCGGCCCCAAGAAAUUGACGCCCUUGCAUGCUGCUGCGAGGGGGACCUGCAAUGAAGCUCUCCGGCUGCUUCUGGAGCAUCAAGCUGAAACUAACAAGGCGAAUGCAGAUGGGGUUACCGCCCUUCAUGUUGCCUGCGAAGCAUCACACCUGAAUGCACUCAAAAGCGUCGAGGUGCUACUGGCCCACAGAGCUGAUGUGAACGUGAUGACCGCGGCAAGCCAGAGGACGCCCUUGCAUUUCGCACUUCGAUCCCCUUCCAUUGCGCUUGGCACAGCUUUGCUGAGGCCACUGCUGGAGCAUCGAGCUAAUCUGAACCAGGCAGACGGCUUCGGAAAUGUUCCGCUUUGCUUGGCUGUAGAAAAGGAUGCCGUGACGGCAGUGCAGGUACUGCUGGAAAAUAAGGCAGAGCUGCACUCUCCUGCAAUUGCAAACGGCACUCCGCUCCACUUGGCUGCAGAAUGUGCGGCCGUGGAGAGUUUGAAGGCCUUGCUCCUUUCCCGGGCAGAUGUGAGCCAGGUGAACAAAUAUGGGUCCACUGCGCUGUUGGAAGCUGCCGCACAAAACUCCGUGCAGUGCGCAAGGGUGCUUCUUGAAAGCCGCUCCGAUGUGAAUCAUUGCGAAAGCGGGCGCGGUGAAACUGCCCUGAUGAGGUUUGGAAUGCGGCAGUCUGCACGGGGACUCCGGUUGUUGCUGGAGGCGAGGGCGGAUCCCUGGUUGAAGACGACCGACGGCUACAGGGUCGAUGACCUGGCCUUAUCCGAGUCCACUGAGAUUGACGAGCUUCUGAAGCAGGCCCUGAGUAGUGCUGCUCAGUGA